AUAUAUAUAUAUAUAUAUAUAUAUAUUUAUCCAAUUACCCGGCGGGCCAGGGAUCGUCAUCACGCCUGGACCAACACUAACGAUAAGCUAGUUUGCAUACAAAGAGUUUUAGCGAAUAUAGCCGCCCCCUCCAGCGGGACUAAUCAAACUUAAAUUAGUCCAAUCAAAGUUGAGAGCAAGUGCUUUUACGUCUCACUCUCUGCACCGAGUUAGCAAGAUUCCUUCGAGCCGUUCCUCGCGGAUUAAAACGGACACCCUGAAGUGCAGGACGGGUGCGGAAUGUCUUCGGGAUAAUUGCAGUGUCCCCAAAAGUGUCGACCAACCCCUUUCGAUUCCACCCCCUCCCCGCCCCCGUCCUUCCCGCUAGUGAAUCCACCGAGGAAUAAACUUGAGUGGAUUUUGUGGUCGGAGAUGCAGCAGGGAUUAUAACAAAUCGAUUGUGAUAUGUGGCAUAGAAAACUGGGUGAAUUAUAUCUAUUAAAAAACUGUGGUGUUGAGCGAUGGGUAAUUCAGAAGUGAAAAAGCACGUGUGAAAAAGCUGCGAAAUGGCACUGAGAUGGCAAACAAGACUGUCUUUAGCUGCCCUACUCCUUAUGUGUACGGAAGAUACUCUGAGCAUGGGAGAACGUGGCACAGACACCUCGGAGCGACAUCCGAACCAGGCGAGGCCUCGACAACAGCUUUUGAACCCCGUCGGUGGUGGUGCGAAGCCGAAGCCCGAGCCCACCUUCGACCCCAGCCAGCCAACCAACGUGACGGCGCUGAUUGGCAAGACGGCCUACCUGACGUGCAGAGUCAGGAAUCUGGAUGACAAGACCGUAUCCUGGGUCAGACAUCGAGACAUCCACAUCCUGACUGCCGGAGUUUACACCUACACGAGUGAUCAGCGGUUUCAAGCUUUACCCGUUCAAAAUUCCGGGCAAAACAGCGAGUGGUCUGAGUGGACGUUGUGCAUAAAAUGGGCGCAGGAACGAGACGAAGGAAUCUACGAAUGCCAGAUAUCAACGGUUCCCUUAAAGUCUCAUCACUUUUACCUGAACGUUGUCGUGCCAACGGCGACGAUCCUCGGUGGUCCGGAGCUCUACGUGGGCGCGGGAAGCACGAUAAACCUGACAUGCGCCAUUCACUUCAGUUCCGAACCACCGACGUACAUAUUUUGGUACUACAAUCAGAGAACAGUGAGCUACGACAGUCCGAGAGGCGGCGUGUCUGUGAUCACAGAGAAAGGAAAUGACGUCACUAAUUCUUGGCUACUCAUCCAAGCUGCUCAGCCCUCGGAUUCGGGGGAAUACGGAUGUAAGCCAAGCAACGCGGAAAUGGCUUCCGUCAGAGUUCACGUCCUGAAUGGAGAACGGCCAGAGGCUAUGCAGACUGGGACAGCUGGGCCUAUUCUGUCAUCGAGUUGUCUUUUGGUGUCUCUAAUUAUUUUGUACAUAUCCUCGAUGUAAAUGUAAGCAAUUUAUUGAGAAA